CGCAGUUUCAAACCGUCACCUGCGGACAAACUGAACAUCACAAGAAAGUUCUGCCACCUAAGUUCUUCAAAAUGCUUUGCUCUUUCAAGGUUUCUCAUUUUCAGGCCAUCCUGCCAGGGAUCAUUGGAAUAACCGGAAUCGUCAUCCUGUUUGUAAUGUACUUUAAAUCGCCUCCACUCAGUAUAUGCCACAUUCCACCUGCUCAAUCAGGACAAAUUAAAUUGCACGGUGACAACAAAUUAGCAGAGCAGCAGCUGCAAUAUAAACCUUUAAUGCUGCUGUGGUUCUGGCCCGAAAACAAGCAGUUUGAUUUUAACGUGUGUAAGAAGAUUUUCAAGCCGGUCAGAUGUCAGCUCACCGAUGACAGAUCUUUGUACUCCAAAGCUGAGGUUGUUGUGAUGUUUCACCGAACUAUUGAAGAAAAUAUGACAAACCUACCUACAUUAGCCAGACCCAGAAUUCAGAGGUGGAUCUGGUUCAACACCGACCCAAAAAACAACACACGCAGGAUACCGGGUAUCGAACGCCUUUUCAACUUGACUUUGACCUACAGGAAGGAUGGAGAUAUCCGUGUGCAGUGGCAACUGAGUGCCAGGAAGAGCACAGACAAAGAUUUUGUGCUGCCCCCGAAGGAGAGAUUUCUCUGCUGGAUUGUGGAGAAGAAGGAGCUCGACACGGGAUCAGGGGAGAGAAACCGAUACUACAGAGAGCUCAUCAAACACAUUCCGGUGGACAUCUUUGAGCCCGCAUCUCUCAGUGAUGACCACUACUUUCAAACAAUUAGCAGCUGUAAAUUUUACCUUUCCUUUGAGAAAUCAGAUGAUAAAGAUUAUAUUACAGAAACAUUCAACGGGCCUCUUGCAGUCGGCACUGUGCCGAUAGUUUUGGGGCCACCGAGGAAAAACUAUGAGGAGUUUUUUCCAGGCACUUCAUUCAUACACGUUAAUGACUUUUCUGAUGCUAAAACUCUGGCUGAUUUCAUCUCGAGAAUGGUUGAUAAUGAUGAGACUUACAUGAGGUACUUUGGUUGGCGCAAAUCCUAUGUUGCUCGACGUCAUCUUACUCAAGACAAAUAUGAGUUUGCACGUGCAAUCUGUCAGGCCUGUAACCAUGUGGGCGUUUACAGGGAGUAUAGAGUUGUUCCUGACAUAUACAAGUGGUACUUUAUUUGAUACUUGAAUCAAUGCAGUGCUCAUUACCAUCACUGCCUCAGCCAACAAGGUAAUGUUUUUGACCCUAUCUGUCUGCUGUUCGCAGAAGUAAGAAAUUUGGAUUUUCAUUAAAAUUGGUGGAGGGAUGGGGCCUGGACCAAGGAAAAGCCUGUUAAAUUUGGUAAAGAUCAACAGGAUGGAUCCAGGAAUCUUUUUUCUUUUUAACUUUGCUUGAUCAGAACAGAGAAAAUUUAAUUUUCUGGGUGCCUUGGUGGCUUCCUUCAAUAGGUUUGAAAAUUUGCAGCCCCCCCCCCCAAAAAAAAAGAUUAAAUUUGAAACUUGUUGGGUGAGUAAAUGUUAGAUGGUGUGAAAUAUAAUGUGUGUGAAAAGUUGAAAAUGUGAAAUUCUUCCAAAUGGGUCACUUCCACUAUUUUAUCAAUAAAUUACUCUUUCCAUUAAAUUUA